CCCGCUGCGGCGAGUGCCCGAGAAAGCGAAAGGAGCCGCCGCCGCCGCUUCUCCUCGUCCUCCUCCGUUGCCUUCGCCGCCCCGCUGGUUUCGCUCUCCUCGCCCAUGGGGCCCAUGGAGGCGCUGCUGCUCGCCCUGCUCCUCGCCCUCGUGCCCCGGCCGGGCCGCGCCUCCGACGUGAUCGAGCUCGGCGACGACGACUUCGACAGCGGCCUGGCCGACCGCGGCCUCGCCCUGGUCGAGUUCUACGCGCCCUGGUGUGGGCACUGCAAGCGCCUUGCGCCAGAGUACGAGUCCGCGGCUACACGGCUGAAGGGAAUCGUUCCCCUGGUGAAGGUGGAUUGUACAGCAAACUCAAAUACUUGCAACAAAUAUGGAGUUAGUGGUUAUCCAACCCUUAAGAUCUUCAGGAAUGGGGAAGAAUCCGGCACCUAUGAUGGACCCAGAACAGCCGAUGGAAUUGUGAGCCAUCUCAAGAAACAAGCUGGCCCAGCCUCAGUUGCUCUCCGUUCUGAAAGUUUUGAGAAAUUCAUCAGCGAAAAGGAUGCUGCUGUGGUGGGCUUUUUCAAGGAGUUGUUUGGCGAUGCCCACUCAGAGUACAUGAAAGCAGCCAGCAAUUUGCGGGACCAUUAUCGCUUCGGGCAUACCAACGACGAAGAGCUCGUGAAGAAAUACGAGCCCGAUGGCGAGGGCUUCAUCCUGUUCCGACCGCAGCACUUAUCGAACAAGUUUGAGGAUGACCUUGUGCGAUAUCCAGAGGACAAAAUUACUACCGGCAAGAUCAAGAAGUUUCUUCAGGAGAACAUCUUUGGCAUCUGCCCGCACAUGACAGAAGACAACAAAGAGUUGAUCCAAGGGAAGGACCUGCUGGUGGCUUAUUAUGACGUGGAUUAUGAGAAGAAUCCUAAGGGCUCCAACUACUGGCGGAACAGAGUGAUGAAGGUAGCCAAGGGCUUCCUGGAUGCAGGACACAAGCUCAAUUUUGCUGUCGCCAGUCGAAAGACCUUUGGCCACGAACUUUCCGAGUUUGGACUUGACAGCUCCACUGGUGAUGUUCCGGUCGUUGCUAUCAGGACAGCCAAAGGAGAGAAAUACGUCAUGCAAGAGGAGUUCUCCCGUGAUGGGAAAGCCUUGGAAAGGUUUCUUCAAGACUAUUUUGAUGGGAACCUGAAAAGAUACUUAAAGUCAGAGCCCAUCCCGGAAAGCAACGAUGGGCCGGUGAAGGUGGUUGUGGCUGAGAAUUUUGAUGAGAUUGUAAACGCUGAAGGCAAGGAUGUCCUUGUGGAGUUCUAUGCCCCGUGGUGUGGCCACUGCAAGAACCUAGAGCCCAAAUACAAAGAACUCGGGGAGAAGCUCAGCCAAGACCCAAACAUCAUUAUAGCCAAGAUGGAUGCCACAGCCAACGAUGUGCCUUCACCUUAUGAAGUCCGUGGGUUCCCCACAAUAUAUUUUUCUCCUGCUGGCAGCAAAGAUAGUCCAAAGAAAUAUGAGGGGGGUCGCGAGGUCAGCGAUUUCAUCAGCUACCUGAAGCGGGAGGCCACGUAUCCGCCCAUCCUGCAGGAGGACGAGAAACCCAAGAAGAAGAAGAAGGCUGCUCCCAAAGAAGAUCUGUGAGGGGGCUUGGAACGGCCUUGUCUGCAAAGGAGCCCAGCAGCUGCGGAGGGAGGGCGGGCCGGCCAGGGCCAACUGUGGGGGCCGCGUCCGCUGUUGAGAAGCGAAGCCACUGUGGGGCAGAAGGGGGUCCCACUGCACCCGCCGCUUUAAUUCCCCGGCCCCUCGUCUCUUAGCUGCAUUUGCCUCGGAGGCCCUGGACUGGUUAAUGUUUGUGGGUGGGGGAGGGCUUAUUUUCUAAUUUUUUGUACAUUUUGAGGAGUGAAUCAAUAAAUGACCCUAGGCCCCAAA